AUGUCUAGAAAGAAAAUGAAGCUUGCCUACAUUACCAAUGAUACAAAAAGGAAAACUACCUGCAAAAAAAGAACCAAGGGUCUGCUGAAAAAGGUGCGUGAACUCACUACCCUUUGUAAGAUUGAGGCUUGUGCUAUUAUCCUCUCCCCUGAUUUCGACUCUCAACCAGAGGUAUGGCCAUCCCACACAGGUGCCCAACAGUUACUUUCUCAGUUCAAGAAGCUACCCCAGUCGAUACGAAACAAUAAGAUGGUUAACCAAGAGAGUUUCCUCGAGCAAAGCAUAGCCAAAGCUACUCAGCAGCUUAAGAAACGACGCAAUGAGAACCGUCAGAAGGAUUUGAAAAAAUUCAUGUUCCAGAGCCUGAGUGGAAAAUGGAUACUUCAGAGUAUGAAUGUGAUGGAUUUGAAUGAGGUCGGUGUGUUCGUUGAGCAAAACUUGAAGGAUAUUGACAAAAGAGUUCGUGUGCUUACUAAUGAGUCUCGUUCCUAAGGAUGUUAUUUGCAGUGCUCUCUAGAUCUAGUGCUUUCUUUGUCUCGGGAUAUA